UUCUAUCUCUACUGUUAUCCAAACCUAACGCUAAACUCUAGUGUACAGUAAUAAGAAUGAACUGGAUAAAGGACUGGUGGAUUAAAUCUUUUUUCCUCUGCUGCUUAGCUUCAACGUCAUCUCCCGAGCAGGUCACCCAGCUGGAUCUUGGUCAACUAGAUUGGACACUAACCAGUUCAUCAGGCACCAGAAAUAUUUCUGUUAAGGGUCAUGUACCUGGAGGAGUGUACACGGAUCUACAAACAGCUGGAAUCAUUGGUGAUCUAUAUUUCAGAUUUAACUCGGUCGAGUACAGUUGGAUUGGAGAAACAGACUGGAUUUACAGUGCCGAUCUUGUAGUUGAUGACGGGAUAAUAUCGAAGGAAUCAAUUGAACUAGAAUGUCAGGGUUUGGAUACAGUCUCCAGUAUCUGGUUGAACAAUGAGAGGGUUGGAACCAGCAAUAAUAUGUUUGUGCGCUACAUCUACCCUAUAAAGGAGCUCCUGAAGCCUGGUUUGAACCGCCUGGAGUUUAGGUUUAAGUCUGGUGUAGUGUAUGCUCAGGAAGAAUAUGACCGACAAGCGAAGGAGUAUAUUGUUCCACCUUCAUGUGUUCCUAAACAAUACCAGGGUGUGUGCCAUGCGAACCAUAUUCGGAAAAUGCAGGCAUCCUUCAGCUGGGAUUGGGGUCCUUCAGCUCCUUCAGUUGGGAUUUGGAAACCUUUGCAUCUCGUGGCGUUCGAUAAUAUCAGGUUUAAAUAUGUUAUGUGGGAUGUAGAAGAGGUGAACGAGCUACUGCUAUCGGUCAACCUACGGGUCAUAUUCCAACCAGGAACCAUGGAGAAGGUCAAAGCAGAGAUUGGUUAUGAGAUACGUGAUGUAUUUGAGCGUGAAGUUGUUCUCGUUGAACUGGUUAAAACUCAGGACAAUGAGAUGGAGUGGAGCACAUCUAUUCAAAUACCAAAGGCUGAUGUGUCCCUGUGGUGGCCGAAUGGUCGCGGAGAACAGAUUCUUUAUGAUGUUCUUCUGGAUAUAGGAGUUGAAGCAGACACUGGAGAUAUUCAGUUGAUGGAUAAGGUUUUCUAUGAGAAAGGACUUGGUUUCCGUACUGUAGAGUUGGUUCAGGAUCCAAUGGAAAUAGAAGGGAACAGUUUUUACUUCAAAAUCAACGGAGAACCGGUUUUCAUGAAGGUUUCAAACUGGAUCCCUGGUCAUGUUCUACCUGAGAAGGUUUCCAAGGAAUAUAUAUACGAUCUACUCUAUUCAGCCAAGGAGGCAAAUAUGAAUAUGCUUCGGGUUUGGGGUGGAGGAAUUUACGAGUUGGAGGAGUUUUAUCAAACAGCUGAUCAACUUGGUAUUCUCAUUUGGCAGGAUAUGAUGUUUGCCUGCAGUAUGUAUCCAGCCGAUCAAGCCUCUUUAUUCAACAUCAGAUCUGAGAUUAAACAUCAAGUUCGACGUAUCUCAAGACAUCCCUCUAUAGCUCUUUGGGCAGGAAACAAUGAAAAUGAGGCCGCUUUAAGGGGGAACUGGUAUGGAACUGACACUAACUUCUCAGUAUACAAAGAGGACUACAUCAGAUUAUACGUUGACACUGUCCAGACUGAAAUUUUGAAAGAGGAUAGAAGCCGACCGUUCCUGCUCUCUAGUCCAUCUAAUGGGAAUAUUAACCAACAAGAAGGUUUUAUAUCGCAGAACCCAUACAACCCAUUGUAUGGCGAUGUUCACGUAUAUAAUUACAGAGACAACAAUUGGGAUCCUGAGAUAUACGGAGUACCCAGGUUCUGCUCUGAGUACGGGUUUCAAUCCUUCCCAUCCUUCGAGCUGGUUCAGUCCGUCUCUCAGGCUGAAGAUUGGCGCGUCCAAAAGUCUAGAAAGAAGGGCGCGCCUUGA